AUGGGUGCUACAGACAGUAAACUUGCUUUCAGAAAAGGCGUGUUUCGUUUAUUUGAAGAAAGGAACAUACCCAAUACUGCAGAUGACUAUUGGACUUUGUUUUGGACAUUACCAGAAACUGUAGAUGAUGUCUAUACACUUGUUGGUUCAACUGAUAUUCGAAAAGCAAGAGAUACUGCAAUUGAAAACCUCGAGACACUGAUAGACAAAUUGAUUGAACAAAUGGGCUCUAUUCUACAUUCAACUACACCAGUUCAGAACAUUUAUUUAUUGAAUUGUUGCCGUGUACUCACAAGAAUUCUGCCUUAUAUCUUUGAGAGUCCAGAGUUGGCAGAAUGGGAAGAAAAGUUCUUUUGGACUGAACACAAAACUGCUUCUCGGGGACAAGUCUUGUUGUCAUUAACACUGCAAUCCUUAUUUCUUGCAGGAUUUACAUUGCCACAAUCUAUGGGUACAGUAGAGUCUAGAGUGAAUUAUGUGAUUUGGGAAACAGGUAUCGGAUCUUCAACGCCUAUUGGAUCUUCUCGCGACAAUGACAUGAAUCGGACUGAAGUGUUACGAUUAUUGACUGUCCUUUUGUCGAAGUCGAUGUAUAUGCCUCCGUCACAAAUAUUGGCUAAAGAAGAUCGUUGGUUAAAUUAUAUGGUAUCCAAAACAGAAAGAAAGGUUGUGCUUGCCUUUUUGUGUAGUAUGAUCAACACAUCAUGUAAAUUUAACCCUAUGGGAUGGACAGCUGUGCCCUAUAACCAUAUCAUGUUCUCAGAUCCUCGAGAACAUUUAGUCGCACUCUGUUUACGCUGCUUAUUAAUUGUGUUGGAUUACUAUUCACCUUUUGUCAGACAGACAGAAGAAGUGCAAGAAGAAGGCAGCAGUAAACAUGUUGAACCUGUGGAAAAGAACGAGAAGCCCACUAUCGAUGUAUCAGACAAUGCCUUUAGAUAUUACUUGUCCAAGUUACAUCGAGCUCAAGAUUUUCAAUUUUUGAUUGACGGUAUUUAUAGAAUAUUGAGUAGUCCGAUGCAGACAUUAAACAGUUACCUUCCUGGAUCAUCAAAGCGUGUAAGGUAUCAUGUAGAAAUGAUGAUGUUGUGCUGGAAAUUGUUGGAAGUGAACAAUAGAUUUCGAAACUAUUUAAUAGAAACAGAAAGAGCCUUAGAUUUGAUGAUUGUUUUGUUGUAUUAUGCUACUGAAAACAAACUUGAUCCCUCUCAAGUGGGGCUUGUACGUAUGUGCUCUUUUAUCCUUCAGACAUUGUCUUCUGAUAGAACAUUCAGUGUCAAGUUAAAUAAGCCUUUUGAUGGCCAUGCAUCUCUGCCUGUAAAUAUCAGAAUACCAAAUUUCCAAGGUUCUUAUGCAGAUUAUCUUAUUUUGACUAUCUUUUCUUUGAUUGCUUCUUCUCGAGGUGCAUUAUCUACACUCUAUCCUGCAUUAACCAAGACAGUCACCAACAUAUCUCCUUAUUUGAAGAAUCUCUCUCAGACGACAUCGAGUAAACUGUUAGCCUUGUUUAGUUCAAUGUCAGCACCUGGAUUCUUGUUAGCAGACGAAUCGAAUCACCAUUUAAUUGAAUAUCUGUUGGAAGCAUUAAACAACUUACUUCAAUUCCAAUUUUCUAAUAACCCUGGUCUGGUUUAUGCCAUUCUUCGUAGUCAUCGUAAAUUUCAAAGAUUGGCUGAAUUUAGCUUAGACAAUGCCCUGAUUGAAAUAGAGCGAGCAAGACAAGCUAAGGAAUCUAGGUUGCCCCGACAAUCGUCAGAAGAGCCUGGUGGUGCUACUAGCCCAGGUAUGUCUGAGAAAGCAAAGGGUAAAUUACCUGAAGUCUCUCUGUCACGAUCAUCCACUGGAUCAAGUGCACAAAGCCUUCAAGCAACUCCACAGAGACAACCCAGUGUUUCUUCCAUUGGAUCUGCUGCAAACUUAUUACCGGGAGCCAAGAAUGGGUUUAUACCUACGGAUGAUUGGAUUUAUCAAUGGCACUCAAGACUUCCUUUGGACACAACAACAGCACUUAUCCAUGAUCUUCUGCCUCAAUUAGAAUCUAAAAACUUGUCGUAUGAACAAAUCAUUGAGUACCUUAGAAAUCUCUCAAUUACAGACAUUUUACCAGUAGCACAUCCUGUCAUUAUUCGCAAAUUUCAAUGGUCAGACCCUUUGGUUAUCUGGUUUCGUAGUAUGUUAUGGGGACAAGCCUAUAUUGCUUCUAUAUCCAACUACGGUCCUUGGAAUAAUACACAUGUCAAACUAUUUCAUGUUAAACAACAACAACAACAACAGCAGCAGCAGCAGCAGUCACAACAAGUAACAGACGAUACUUCUUUUACUACACGUAUCUCUAAUGCAUAA